CACACCGUCCUGCUGCACCGCAGCACCGGCAAGUUCCACUACAAGAAGGAGGGCACCUACUCCAUUGGCACCGUGGGCACCCAGGACGUGGAUUGCGACUUCAUCGACUUCGCCUACGUGCGCGUCUCCUCCGAGGAGCUCGACCGCGCCCUCCGCAAGGCUGUGGGGGAGUUUAAGGACGCGCUGCGCAGCUCCGGCUCCGACGGCAUGGGGCAGAUCUCCCUGGAGUUCUACCAGAAGAAGAAAUCCCG